AUGAGUAUAAGGUGUAGAUUAGAUACUGUAUCACGUUUAUUGUCUACUAAGAGGUUUCUGGCCACAGUAUCAUAUCAGCCUCCAGACUUUACAAAUUUGAAUGUAGCAUCAUGGAACAGGAUGAAGCAACCAAUACGCGACGAGAUUUCAGAAUACUUAGCUUGGAAAAUGGAGGACUCAUGGCAUAAUGUAACUAAAGAAGAGAUGAAAGCCGCGUAUUUUAUUUCCUUUGGAAAAUGGGGUCCUCGUGCAGCUUCGGGUUCAAAAGAUGCUCAGAUGCAGAUGUCCACGCCCGAGAUUAUUGUCCGUGGAUUGUCAAGUAUGAUAUUAUUCACAGCAGUGAUAGUGGCAAUAAUGAACUAUAAACAGGAUAAAGACCUCAAUGCUAAGCUUGAGGGAUUACGGGAAUUGAAAUAA